AUGCUACUAGUGCGAGAGUUGGCGCAGGAGCUGCAGCGCACCCGAUAUGCGCCGCUCUGCCGCCCCCGCCACUCGCUGUGCGCCGUCGCCGCUGCGGUUGUGGCGUGUGGCCGCAUGCAGCGUCUCGCCCAAAGCCGUCGCGUCACUGCCACCCUUCCCAGCAACGUUCACAACAGCAGCAAUACACUACCACGGUCCGUGGCGUCCAGCAGUCUGCGGCGCCUCGUGGAGGCAGUACCGCUGGCGGCUACAGCAGUCCUGCGGCACUCGCCAUUUGGCACUAUGCCCGUAGUGCGGUUGCCACCGCUAACGUCGCUCUGUAACGCCAUUGCACCAGCGGACGGAGACGGCGCGGUAGACGGUGGCUAUGUGCUUCAGGAGCUCCUUGCCCUGGCAGAAUUGGAUGUCGGUGCGGAGGAAAACCGCGUCUGCUUCGCUGCCGAUGCGCCGCUAGGCGCUGCGCUGCUGCUGUUUCCCCAGGUGCCUGUGGUGCGUCGUGCCACGUCGCAUGGACAAGGGCGCAAUUUUUGUCGCUAUCCCACAGUGGCACAGGAGCUUACAAGCAUUGUGGGUGUUGUGCGUCGCUACCUCAGUGAGGUGGAGGGCAAGCUGCAGCAGAAGGACGCCUCUAUCCAGCGUGCAGAAGAAGAAAAUUCCCAGCUUGCGUGUGUGCUAGAGGAGCGCGAGCAACUUGCUGCUGGUUUCGCCCAGAAGCUUCAUGACUACGAGCAACACGUGGCAGCAGCGUAUGUGAACCGGGACGUGCACCGGCAGCUGCAGCAGCGUCUCACGGAGGCGUUUGACGCGCUGCAACAGGAGCGCGAGGCGCGGCGGGGCACAGAAGACGCCAACGCCGUACUGCGUCAGCGCGAGGUGGAGCUCACUAGAGCUGUGCAAGAAAUGCGUGAUGAGGUGCGCUCCCUCUCCAUCGAGCUCGCAGAGCGGCAACAGCAGCCGCAUGGCAUCUAUGCGACAUCAACACCGCAGCCGCGCUACGGUAUACUGAGCCACAGUGCGGCAGCGCGUUCAACCGCUGCGUCGACGCCGGGGGGACUGUACGUCCCCCGAUCUGUCUCCGUGCCAGAGGCCACUGCUGACUUUACUGAUGCCGUGGCUUCUGGUAAUCGUGCUGCUGCUGCUGGUAGUGCUAACAACAAUACUUUUGAGGAUGGCGUUGGUGUUCAAACAGGUGAGGCGCUGUGGCGUAUCAUUGCUGACAUUGAGUCGCGCGUCGCGCGGACUGGCAGCCACACACCACCCGGGGCAGCGCAGACAUGA